CCCGCCCCUGCAGAGCUGGGCUACGGGACAGCGCUUGGGUUGCGCGCCAGCUCGGAAUGUGAGGUUCGGGGCUGUGCUGUGUAUUGCCGCCGCUCCGCUCUUCCCCGGGCCCCGGGUCCGCCGCCGCCCUCUGUUAGCGUGCGGGAGGCCGGGGGGCCGGGCCUGUGAGGAGCGCCCCCGUGGCCAUCGCCGCCCCGCGGAAUCCUCCGGGACCGCACACGGGUUCGCUACGGAGGGAGGCGGGGGCUUGCGGGAGGAGGCGGAGGAGGAGCGAGGGAAGAUGGCGGCCGCGGAGCUCGAGUGGAUUCCCGAGACACUUUACAACACCGCCAUCUCCGCUGUCGUGGAUAACUACAUCCGUUCCCGCCGCGAUAUCCGCUCCUUGCCGGAGAAUAUCCAGUUCGACGUUUACUACAAGCUUUACCAACAGGGACGCUUAUGUCAACUGGGAAGUGAAUUUUGUGAAUUGGAAGUCUUUGCUAAAGUUUUGAGAGCUUUGGAUAAAAGACAUUUGCUUCAUCAUUGUUUUCAGGCUUUGAUGGAUCAUGGUGUUAAAGUUGCUUCAGUCUUGGCCUACUCAUUCAGUAGGCGGUGCUCCUACAUAGCAGAAUCAGAUUCUACAGUAAAGGAGAAGGCCAUUCAGGUUGGCUUUGUUUUAGGUGGAUUUCUUUCUGACGCAGGCUGGUAUAGUGAUGCUGAGAAGGUAUUUCUGUCUUGCCUUCAGUUGUGUACUCUACAUGAUGAAAUGCUUCACUGGUUUCGAGCAGUGGAAUGUUGUGUGAGGUUGCUUCAUGUACGAAAUGGAAAUUGUAAAUACCAUUUGGGUGAAGAAACAUUUAAAUUAGCCCAGACAUAUAUGGAUAAACUGUCAAAGCAUGGCCAGCAAGCAAAUAAAGCUGCUCUCUAUGGAGAACUCUGUGCACUACUGUUUGCAAAAAGUCACUACGAUGAGGCAUACAAAUGGUGCAUUGAGGCAAUGAAAGAAAUUACAACAGGCUUACCAGUCAAAGUUGUGGUGGAUGUUUUAAGACAAGCUUCUAAGGCUUGUGUGGUAAAACGUGAAUUUAAGAAGGCAGAACAGUUAAUUAAACAUGCAGUGUAUUUGGCACGGGAUCACUUUGGAUCCAAGCACCCAAAAUACUCUGAUACACUGCUAGAUUAUGGGUUCUACUUGCUCAAUGUAGAUAAUAUCUGUCAAUCUGUUGCAAUUUAUCAGGCAGCCCUCGACAUUCGACAGUCAGUGUUCGGUGGCAAAAAUAUCCACGUAGCAACAGCUCAUGAAGACUUGGCUUAUUCUUCUUAUGUUCACCAGUAUAGUUCUGGAAAAUUUGACAAUGCACUAUUUCAUGCAGAAAGAGCCAUUGGUAUCAUUACCCACAUUCUACCUGAAGAUCAUCUUCUUUUGGCUUCUUCAAAGAGGGUGAAAGCACUUAUUUUAGAGGAGAUUGCAAUUGACUGUCAUAACAAGGAAACGGAACAGAGGCUGCUUCAGGAAGCACAUGAUUUGCACCUGUCUUCACUCCAACUAGCCAAAAAAGCUUUUGGAGAAUUUAAUGUACAGACUGCAAAACACUAUGGUAAUCUUGGAAGACUUUAUCAGUCAAUGAGAAAAUUUAAGGAAGCUGAAGAAAUGCACAUCAAAGCAAUUCAGAUUAAAGAGCAACUUCUUGGUCAAGAAGAUUAUGAAGUGGCCCUUUCAGUGGGACAUCUGGCGUCUUUAUAUAAUUAUGACAUGAAUCAAUAUGAAAAUGCAGAGAAACUGUAUCUGCGAUCUAUAGCAAUUGGGAAGAAACUGUUUGGUGAAGGCUACAGUGGACUCGAAUAUGAUUACCGAGGCCUCAUUAAACUUUACAACUCCAUUGGAAAUUAUGAGAAAGUGUUUGAAUAUCACAAUGUUCUGUCUAACUGGAACCGUUUGCGAGAUCGGCAGUAUUCAGUGACCGAUGCCCUUGAAGACGUCAACACCAGUCCCCAGUCCACUGAAGAAGUGGUGCAGUCCUUCCUGAUGUCUCAGAAUGUUGAGGGACCAAGCUGCUGAGGAAACCUCAGCUAACCAAUUACCUUUUCCCAGAUUCUAGGGAAUUCAUACUGUGAAAUCAAAACCAUGUUGUUUUGGGGCUGGAAUUUGCAUUGAAACACUGGUCCAGUCCAUUGAAGACCCUAUUUCGGUAAUCCCUACUUGCAGUUUCUGUAGAAUAAGCAUAUAUUCAGUUCUAUUCAGCAUGUAAUGCAUGUAUAAGUAGUCUGGCCCACAUUUUCACCCUAGUAGAACAACAGAAAAUCGUUUUCUUUUUCUUUUUAAAAAAUUCAUUUUUUCAGAAAGCCUGAAAAGAAAAAAAGAACCCCUAAAUAAAACUAUUUAAGAGUUUAAAAGAGUUGCAUUCUUAUUACGUAAGGAUGAUUUUAACAACUUUUUAACACAUAAUUCUUCCAUGUGGAGGUAUCAAUACUGUAUUGUAAAGAAAUUUUAUGGAGAAAAACCUUUAUAUGCAGUAUAGAGAAGUAAACACAAGUACUAAUAACAGGAUGACAUCCUGAUGGAGAGUUGGCCACCUUUCCCAGAGAAGUGGAUACAACCACUCCAGAACUAUUACAAAGGAAGGACUGUCAGAUUCACCUGAACUGGACCAGUGUUGAUCUGUAAGUACCAGAACAUCUGAUAGACCAGCACUUUUAAUUCUAUAUGUUUUUGGUACAACAGUGUAAAUGUUCUAAAAGCAUUUGCUAACAGGACCAGAAGGAUCUAAGGACCAGCCAAAUGUAGAAAGUAACAUUUGGACCAGAGGCUUUAGAUGAUUAUUAGUCUCUGCUUAUGCCUUUAUCAAUAGAAUAAUUUCAUUUAGAUAUAUAAUGAAAAGUGGUAAUGUAAGAGUCAUAUUCAUAUGAUACCAAGCUAUGGAAUUUUGGCAAUUUCAGUGGCAAAUUUUUAGUCCAAGCACAUGGAUGGCAAUGUCACAAGCAGGUUUGUCACUGUCUGUUGCAGCCACCACUCUCAUUUUAAUCUUUACCCAAAUAAUCAGUGUAGUGAGCAAACAAACAUACUGGCUAAGUGUCAUGAAAUAGCUCAUGUCCAAAUGAGAAGUUUAGGUCACCGUAUGGUUUGUGGGGAUUAAGGAAAAUGAAUGCACAAAAAUAAGUCUUAGAAAAUCCAUCAUUUUUUGUGGUAAAUAAUAGUGCAUCUAGUCGUUUUAUCUGAAAUAUAGGAGUCAAGUAGAAAAGAGCCUCUGAUACCUGUUUCAGUGAUUGGGGGCUUUCAUUUUCUUCUAGUUUUGUUUAAGCUAGUCAGGUUAUUUAAUAUGGAGGUAAUACUCAAUUUUAAGUUGUGAUGUGUAGCAAAAAGAAUUCUUUUGCUGUUACCUCAAUUCUUAGUAUAGUGGCCCAUCUGGUGCCUCUACAGUUAAGAAUCUGGGUUUCUCCCCUAUUUUCAGGGGUUCAUGACUUGGCUGUUAGAGAUACUGCUCCUAGCGAUGCUUGGAGCAGUAUGUGGGUGAGUGGAUGUGUGUCGAAUUUUGGUGUUCUUUUAACAUGCAUGUCAGGUAAGGGGAAAAACAAAGUAUCAUGUAGAGUACAGAAAAAUUAGAGAUUUCAAAGUUGAUCUUAAACACUUUAACUUUCCUGGUUUUAACUUUGAAACUGCUAUUUGCAGGCUUCUUAGUUAUAAGCCAGUGCAUUUAGGUCCUUAGGAGGGAAUUUAUUAGGGGAUGCUUUCAAACAAAUGAGGCAAGCCUACACCUUAAGAUGACUUUGGAUUCAGAGACCUGGGUUUAGACCUCUAAUUGAAUUACUUUUCCUUUAAAUUCUGGAAAGGAUAAAUUGGCACACUUGCAGUUUAUGCAACUGGUCCCCCUCCCAGUUAAUUGCAGUCUUUGUCAAGAGGCACCCUUUAUUCCCUAGUAGUCUAUGUGACCAAGGAGUAGCAUAUUUUAGUUACUCAGCUCUAUCCUAAUGGGCCUAUAUAUGUAAUAUCUCCAAAGAUAUUUUCAGGAUAGGCUUUGUAUACUUUUCUUGGGUAUUUAGAGCUCUUUGGUAUGUUUGUGGUAUAGAAAUGUCAUGGUAAAUUGUUUUUCAAUAAAUAUUUUGAAACUUUAAUGUUUCCAUAUGAAGUACUUUUAUUUAAUGGUUUUUUUUUUUUUAUUUUGGGGGGGGGUGUUUUGCACAUAUAGCAUUUUGUAAAAUCAAAUAACUUAAGGCCUCAUUCUCCUUAACUCAGUUUGAAAACUCACUCUCAGUGAUAAAAUAAUAUGGUAUUUAGAAGCUUGUGAUCACAGAGUGAUGAUGUCAAAUAGCGGCCAGUUUUUUCCAAGCUUUGUUAUUGUCAGUUUCUCCCUCACUAUUGCUUUAAUAAUAGUAUUCUCUAAGUCCAUAAAUGUUGAUAUAAUGCCUACACUUUACCUUAAGAAAAGAUUGCUGUUUUAUGUUAGUGAUGUGACUUAAUGUGUUCUGAUUUUAGCAAAAAAAAAUAAUAUUCUAAUAAUUUUAAGUAUAGGAUUGAUCCCUUUAGCAAGGAUGUUUAAGAUAAGGUAGAGGAAUGCCACCUUGAUUUGACUUUUAGAACUCAUUAGAAUAGGGCGUGGCAGCACAUAUCUAUAAUCCCAGUGUUCAGGAGACUGAAUGAGGCAGGAGGAUCUUGCAUUCCAGGAAACCUGGGCUACUUGUUUGUCUCAAACAAACAACUCAAAAGGAAAAAGAGAGUAAAAUUUACCUCACAGUAAUCAAUAGCUUGCACAUAAUUGUAAGAGCCUUUGAUCAUACCCUUCCUUGACUUCUCUCUUCUACCCAAUCUUGUUCCUGAAGUUUGGUGCUGCUCCAGUUGGGGGCAUCAGGGAACUCUUGCAUGUGCCACACAGGUAGCUGACUACUUACAUUCAGUUAGUAGAGCCAACUGGGUUUUUAGUGUAUAAUAUUUAUGGGUCCUCAAAGUAGUCUUGCCUUGAGGAUUAGGACCCCUUCCUACCAUCAAAUCUAUGUUCUUUGUUAAAAGUCACCUCAUUAUUGCUUUGUAGUAACCCCUGCCCCGGUAUUCUGCAUUGUGAAAGUAAAGGAUUUGAUGAACUCCUUUGUUCCUAGUCCCUAACAAGAGUCUUACAAAAAUUAAGUACAGAAAGCUACACAUUUGGUAGCACAUGCUUUGGUCUCCAGUACUCAGGAGGCUGAGAUGGGGAUCGCUUGAGAUCAGCCUGGGCAACCUAGUAAGACCCUGUCUCAAGAAAAAAAUAAGUGCAGCAGCUGCAGUCUUAGAAACCAUGAGUUGUGCUAUCAAGCUUGUCUUUACAGUGCAGACUAUAAAGCUGAGCAUCAAACACAUGCCUAAACAAGAUGGAAGCUUUUAGCCAAAACUUUACAAAGUGAAAGAAUGAUUUGCUGAGUAGCAGGUGUUAUUAUCCACCACUUGCUUUUUAUGUUUUUUCCUAGGGUUUUUAGCCUUGCUGCUUCUAACCUUUUUCUGGAUGGUAAUGUUACUACUGGAAAAAUGCUUAUUUAUAAUUUCUAAUUUUUUAAGAGUUUUAUUUUGCUUUAAAAAUUAACACUUAUUUCACCUCUUGACUUUAGAGGACCUCAAGUCACAAGGGGAAAAAAUCAUUUUAAGUAGACCAUUUGGGUUAAUUUCCAGAUUUGAACGCUAGUAGUUAUUUUGCCCCCAAAUCUCAGGAAAUGUUUUAAGCAGAAACUGGUUUUUACCGUGGUGGUGAUCUGAAGGAGUGUGCUUUAGGAUUUAUUAAAUACUGCUAUUCUUUAUUGCAGUCCUAGGUAUCUAUAGCAUGAGUGGCCUUAGUGAGUUCAUUGAAGUGCACAUGUUUUUCAAAAGUAAAAUUUAAGAUUAUAUAUGCUAUAUAUAUAUAGAGAGAGAUAGAUAUCUAGAAGACUUGGUUUGUGGUGCACAAAUUGUUGGAUCACUAAAUAACCAUUGCAGGUACCCAUUUGUGUAACAUCACUCAUUUCUGUGUAUUCCCUUUAUGGAAAAAGUUGUUGCCAUGGUAACUAAAACUUUUCAAUUUAGUUCUACUUUUAUUAUGUGAAUGAAUGCUACAUUUUGUUAACUAUUACCAGGUCAGUACUAUUUUUAUACUUUAUUAAGCAACAGGGGAUUUUAGUUUAGUAGGCUCAAAAUAAAAGGCUCUUAAUGGAAUAAUUAAAAAUGAAUUGCUAACAUCCUUUACAGGAAAAUCCCCACUAUUAGUGCCACAGUAAUUUCUAUAGAAAUAUCUAAGGUCAUUAAUAGAUUUCUGAAAACAGUUCAUUGGGUCAGAAUGACCUUUCAUAUCAUUCUCAUCUACUUGUAGUACCCACCAUUAUUUGUAACAGUUAAAUCAUACUAAGUAUGUUUGUAACCAACAUUGUGAUAUAUUCUGUACUUGUAUUGCUAAAAAUGAAUUAUUGACCUAAUAAAUAUAGUGUUCCUGCAUUCAUAGUG